GAUAGAUGUGAAGUAAGGUCUAAAUUAUCCUGGGGGAUUCCUAAAACAAUUUCGAGGCGGGAGGGAGCGUUCGUAUAAAAGCGCGGGCACUUUCCAGCUGGAGUCAGUUCUCUCCUGGAAAACCCACUGAGAAAAUACCACUGCACAAUGAUGAGCCGCAACUUCUUCGUGCUCCUGCCUGGCCUCCCUGGCCUUCCUGGCGCUGGCGUUGGCCAGCCCCUUGCCCGAGGCAGAGGCUGCGGCUGCCGCUGCGCCCGAAGCCGAUGCCAAGGCUGAUCCUCGGAGGAGGUUCUUUGGUCACGGUUUCGGCCAUGGAGGUUUCGGCCAUGGUGGUUUCGGCCAUGGUGGUUUCGGUCAUGGUGGUUUUGGCGGCUUCGGCCAUGGUUUUGGACAUGGUUUUGGACAUGGGUUCGGCGGCCACCACCACCACCAUGGUUUUGGCCAUGGCUUCUUCGGAUAAACCCAGGUUGAAGAGCUGCCGAAUGCUUUCGGACUUCGCAGGUCACAUGGUCAUCCGCCUAGGACGUGAAAACACCAACCUUUCGUCGCUACAAACAUCUCCGGUUGACAUUUACAAUAAAUCUAUAAAUGAAAAACCAAUUUUCUUAAAUUUUGUUUUUGAUAUCCUAAUGUUUAGGGGGGGAAAAGAUUAAAAGAUAAAUAGUGAUUAACAAGUAUCAGAGAGAGCGAUUGAAGAGUGGUUUCCUGAUGUUGUUGUUUUGAACUAAUAAUGAAGUAAUAUUUUUUGCUGAUUAAUUGAUAAAUUAAGACAUUUACUGCUGUUGAUGUGUAAACCAUUCCUGUUAAUUCAAUUCUUAAAAGAUUCUCUACCAUUUUAUGACAUAAACAUAAAUAAAUAAAUUUCCUUCUGUAAUA